CUCGUUAUGCCUCUUUGAGAAGCUGUGCCAGGAACCUCGCACGUGCCAAGCACACGUACCCCCAACUACACAUUUAUCAGCUCCACAAGUCUGCGACCCGAAUCAUCAGAUUGAUCAGUGUUCGGAGCUCCGGGAACUAUGGCGGCGGCGGCGAGAAAGCUACGUACACUCCAAUCUCAACCGGACAACAAAGUAUGCGUCGACUGCGCUCAGAAGAAUCCGCAAUGGGCGUCAGUCUCCUACGGAAUCUUCAUGUGCCUAGAGUGCUCAGGUAAGCACCGAGGACUAGGCGUACACAUCUCCUUCGUCAGAUCCGUCACCAUGGACUCGUGGUCAGAGAUCCAGAUCAAGAAGAUGGAAGCAGGAGGCAACGAGCGGCUCAACAGCUUCCUCGCGCAGUACGGAAUCGCCAAGGAGACGGAUAUCGUCUCCAAGUACAAUUCAAACGCCGCCGCCGUGUAUCGAAACCGGAUCCAGGCGUUAGCAGAAGGUAAGCCAUGGAGUGAUCCGCCAGUUGUUAAGGAAGCGGUUGGGGGGAUGCAUAAGAAGAAGCCGCCGUUAGGUAACGGAGGUAACGGAGGAUGGGAUAGUUGGGGGAACGAUGAUUCGUACCGAUCAAGAACGGAUAUGAGACGGAAUCAAUCGGAGAAUGAUUUUAGGGGGUUGGGAGGAGGAGGAGGAGGUGCGCCGGUGAAGUCGAGGUCGUCGGAGGAUAUUUAUACGAGGUCGCAGCUUGAGGCUUCUGCUGCGGGGAAGGAGAGUUUCUUUGCUAGGAGGAUGGCGGAGAAUGAGUCUAAGCCUGAGGGACUUCCUCCUUCGCAGGGAGGCAAGUAUGUAGGGUUUGGAUCAGGCUCGGGUCCGGUGCCGAGAAGUAAUCAGCAGGAUGAUGUUUACUCAGUUGUGUCUCAGGGGUUUGGAAGAUUGUCUAUGGUUGCUGCAUCUGCAGCAAGUGUUGUUCAGACAGGAACCAAGGAGUUCACUUCCAAGGUGAAGGAAGGUGGGUAUGAUCACAAGGUGAGUGAAACUGUAAAUGUAGUAGCGAGUAAGACAACGGAGAUAGGACAGAGAACAUGGGGGAUCAUGAAAGGAGUAAUGGCGAUUGCGUCACAGAAGGUCGGGGAGUACACUAAAGAAGGAACAACAACAACAAGCUGGAACCAGCGUAACGAAAGUGAGAGCAAUGGUUACUACCAAAACUUUGGAAAUGGGAACAAAGCAGCGAAUCCAUCUGUUGAAGGAAAAGGGUCACAGUCAUCAUCAAGUGGUUAUUACAACAAUUCUCAUAAGUCAAAUUCUUGGGACGAUUGGGGAGAGAAUGAGAGUAAGAAGAAGGAGGCAGUAGCUUCAAAGGGGUCAUCAGCUUCUAAUGAUGAUGAUGGCUGGACCGGUUGGGAUGAUCCCAAAGAUGAUGUUUAUUACCAAAGUGCCGGCGACAAGAAAUCAGCUGGUCACAACGGGAAAUCAGACACCGCUUGGACUGGUGGAGGUUUUCAGUACAGGUGAUAAGUGAAUGCCUGUGAAAAGAAGUGUAUAAUUAAUUAAGUCCGAAUAUAAGUUGAAGAUUGGUCAUCAUCUUUAAACAAUUUUUAUCCAUUACCACACAUGUCUUUGUUUUUCUUCAUAAGUUAGCAGUUUCUUGAUAGUUCUUCUUUUUUGUAAGGAGUUGCAUGUUUGUAUAAGAUACAUAACAGACUAUUUAUGCUAAAGAUUCUCAGAUAGUCUUUCACAAUUUUAAUU